AUGGCUGACCACCCUUAUCACCGCUCUGCUGAAGCGGCGCUCUCAAGACUGGCCAACUUCAGGACACAGAAUCCUCUUCGUUUCAUGACCGCUCCAGCAGCCCCCUCGCUAUCCCCUGGCUUACCUUCUCCGUUGGUGUCGCUAAUCACAUCUAUACCGCAGCAGUCGCGGUCAACACCAAAUAUGUCCCAGUUCCACCCUUCGCGCAUGAAUAUCCCGCCAACAGCGUAUGCGCCCGCAUACGCCUCCGCCCAUCAGACAUCACACGCGAACCACAUGCCGCCCCCUGCUACACAGUCGCCCUCUCUGCGACCAUCAGAGCCGCAAGCGUACGGACCACUGGUCCAUCCCGAACCGCUCGCGUGUUUGACUUACAACAUGGUCUACGAUAGAGUUUAUCUGGUUCUCCGGGAUAACCUAAGCGAGUGGUGGACAAAGAAUCCAGAUGCGCUACAGAAUGUAUCCCAACGUCUGGCUGGUCAAAUCAGAUUUAGCGGUCAAAGGGGUAUGUUCGGACCAGAUGGCAUCCAGUCACUCAACCGGAUCAACAUGUUUAUUGGGCGAGAGGGUAUCUACCGCUACCUUUGUCUCGCCGUGCUUCCAAACCACGGUGAAUUAUCGACCCUCCUCAAGGGCGACCUUUGCGAAAAGGACGGAAACGAUCCCAUGUACGAUGAGGAAUUGCUGGCAAUGUGUAAAGAGGGCUUUGAUAAGGUCGCUGUGAGGCUGCAUGCAGACAUCGUCGUACAGGAUGAGUUGAGGCGGGCCAGAACAAGUAGCCAUGGGGUGGCGGUGCAAGAGUGA